AUCCAGAUGGCGCGCACAUUUCUAGAAUGAUACAAUGAUGGCAGCCGCAUGGGAUUAAAAAAGUGGGGUCGGCCUCGUUCCGUCUCUCUCGGACUCCAUACAGCUGCACGGCUGCACCGCGAGUGUGUGAAAAGAGCGGCGUGCGUGUUUACGUGCUUCGAAACAUGUAAGCUCGACAUUUUCUAAAGGAAGCGCCUGACGAGUGCAGUCCGAUUCUUGAAUCUAUGGAACAACAAUUAAAUAAGAGAUCUUCGGAAAACCCAAUCAUCACAUGGAAAAUCUUUUGAUUUGUGCCUACUUUGGCUCAAUAAAAUUUUAAUUGACAAUAUUGAGUUAUUCUAUCAGACAAAAUGGUCAAGUACUUUGAAAACAGCACAGUUUUCCAAUUCUCUUGGGAUCAGGUUGCGCAAGGAUUUUGGCGUAGAUACCCAAAUCCUAAUAGCACACACGUAAUAAGUGAAGAUACAAUUUCAAGGGAACUAAAAGAUGGCAAAUUGUACACUAAAAGGCUAUUAACUAAAACUAAUCGUGUUCCAAAAUGGGGUGAAAGAUUUAUAAGUAAAAAUAAUGUCAAAAUCGUUGAAGAAAGCAUAGUGGACCCCAAGAAAAAAAUUCUUACAACUUACACUAGAAAUUUGGGUUACACUAAAGUUAUGAGUGUUGUUGAAAAAGUAGUGUAUAAAGUAUCUGAUGAAAAUCCUCAAUGGACUGAAGCUAAAAGAUCAGCAUGGAUCGAGAGUUCAGUAUUUGGUUUCAGUCGAGCAAUACAAGCUUUUGGACUUGACAGGUUCAAAAAAAAUUGUACUAAAAUGUCAAACGGUUUUAAUUAUGUACUUGCACACAUGUUCCCUAGUACAGCUCGAUUUAUGAAUCCAAAUCUUGCUCAAAUGGGUUUUUCUGAAAGGGUUGAUGAACCUUCAAUGAUAAGGUUGACUCAUGCUGCCGAAGACUUUCAACAUUCUCUGCACGAUAAAGCUGAAAAGAUGAAAGACGCCGCGAAGAAAGCUACUGAUCUCGCAAAGCAAAAGGCUGGGCCUAUUUACGUGACUAACCAGUCGUAAAAUUUUGUUGUAUUAAAUUAGUCAUAGGACUAUUAUACUAUGCUCUUUAGCAAUUCACUGAUUCAUGGUGACAUUUAAAAAUCUUUCAAAGAAAUGAUUGCAUUCCUGUGAACUGCCUAUUAGAGAAAAACUUAUCUUCAAAAGAUUAUUUAUGAGUUUCUCAUUCCAACUGUUACAUGAACUCGUAGAGUUUGAAAGUUUUAAUUUAAGAUUAUCGUCAUUUUAACAGUUACAUUAUUUCACUGGCGAUACGCAGGAAUAAAAAUUCAUAUAUGCUCAAUGCUAAAAUUAUUUUCUCUAUCGCAUAAACAUACUUUACCAUAAUCAAUUCACAAAACGAUAAAUCAUAAAUCAAUAUUUUUAACGAAAUAUAAAUGAAUUAUGUACAUAGAUUUGCUGUAUGUAAAUACACUUCAAUUCUCUAUUAUAAUUGUUAUCCUUAAAAAAAAAUAUAUAUAUAGUCAACAUUUAUUCAAAAUGCGUAAAAGGUAAUAUUUGACGUUGUUUUUUGCAUACUUCGAUAUUUUUCUAGACAGUACAAUUAUAUAAUAAUCAUGCCUAAUGAGAAACGCAUAAUAAUUAUACUAUAAUAAUAUGUGUUUUGAAGUCGUAUAAGAAAGAAGUUUGAAAUCUUAAAUCAUGUCUCAAUGCAUGGGCAAUUUAUUAUAAUUGAUUCGCAACACCAUUGCAAUAUAAAUGUAUAUACUUUCCAGUAAUAAAGUUUAAUAUCAUAAACAAAUUUCAUGUCUUCGCUAUAGUUUUAUAAAGCUUUUCGUAAUCAAGGUUCUCUGUAGGUCGAUCUUCAUUGACUCUAUUUGCACUUUCCAUCGUGUACUUUGGUAAUAGCUAAAAGAAGAGUGUUCUAAGUAAUGAUAAUUAUGACGAAGAUAGUGGUACAUUACGAAACUCGCGCGCGCAUCAUAAAUAGACAAUCAUCGAGUGUGCAAACUUUACGCAUCAGUUCCGACAUAUGCAUGCUAUUUUCUGUUAUAUUACGAGUGUAAAAUUUGCGAUUCGAGAAAGAGCUGAUAAAAUAGUGACAUUAUAGCGCGUUAUACCACAAUGAAUUUAAAUAUGAAAAUAAUAAAUGUAAAAACACGUUUACUUACUCUGUCUCGUGCACCUCUCAGCGCACCUAAGUAACGAUGGGUUGGUGUACGUUACUCCGUUGCUUCCACAAACAUAGUAAAUAUUUGCAGUUGCUGCACAAGGACAGUCGCCGGCACCUUCAUCUAAUGCCGCAGCCUCUCCUUGGACGAAGCACGAUGCAAA